AUCAGAUGACAAGUGGAACAGUUACCUCGACAGUAUAAGGACUAGAGGGAGGGCCAGAAAGGGAGAUCUCAGUUGGCCCUACGAAAGUACCACUAGAAGGCCGAAUUUCGAAAAGCGAUUUUCGAACCAUGCUGAGAGACAAAACUUUCCACAUGGAAUUUUUUAAUGAGGCAAAGGCAAAACUUUUGCGAAUGCGAUUUGUCAAUCGCGAAACUAGGGAACCUAUUAAGCACGACCUCUGCGCCAGAGAAAUUUAAGAACAACAGUUGAGUGUACACAGCUUCUGUGGAAAUAGUUGAAAGCUUUGGGGUUCAAGAGCUUGAAAAAAAGCACCUAAACCAGUAUCCACUGGAAAAUUUCUUCGGGCAAAUUUGUGAACACGGAGCAGGAAUAUCACUUCAAGGCGCUUGUUAUCAAUAAUUUGAUGCAUUAUCAUAUGAUGGGGUGCAACGUUCCAAAUCCAAACUCAGAAAGUCGAUGGCUUCAUGUCUUUACUGUGUUACACUUCUAAAAGUCAUACAAAGACCAUUAUUCAAACGAAUCGACGUGAGACGGAAGUCUGUACUAGAUGAAAUUCACACUGACGUGAUUUCUCUGCCCCAAUGGAUUAUGGUCUCCUUUUAUGAGGAAAUCGGGGUACAGGAAAUGGCAGUAUCGUAUCUCCGAAAAGAAGCUCGAACAGAAGUCACCUGUAGAAUCCACAAGAAUGAUUUCGUGGAUAAGUUUCUUCAAAUAAGUGUAGAACAAUAUCUUCGAACAACCAUAGCUUACAUUAAUAGAAUUUUAAGCGGACAGAUAACGAUCUCCACUGAUCAAGCUGAAGAAGCCAAAGCGAAAAAGAAUCUCUUCCUUGCUAGAGCCAUCGCGAACCGCAAAGCAUCUUUGCAUACAAAGAUGGACUCCACUCAUAUCGGUCGGCUUUUACAGGUUUUCAAAAUUUAAUAGUUUUAAAUCGGGUUGCAAAUUUUUGAAUAUUGUAUUGUCAAAUUAUGUAAAAGUUUGUCUCAUUUUUUUAUAUGUAAUAUUAGGCGUCUUUAAAACGUUU